GGGAAAGUGGGAGUGGUGUCAAUGAGCAGGCAAGUUGACAGAGUCUUCUGCUCAGCAGUGUUUCACCACAGGUAGCUAGUUCUUCGUGCUGUACCCAUUUCAUUGAUUUGUUUACCGGGAUUUUAGCCUUGCAAAGAUGACAAUGGAUGCUCUGCAAUUAGCAAAUACUGCCUUUGCAGUUGAUAUAUUCAAAAAACUAUGUGAGAAGGACAGAACAGCCAAUAUUAUUUUUGCCCCACUGUGUACCUCAACAUCUCUGGCCCUGGCAUAUAAAGCUACAAAAGGUGAUACUGCAGACCAAAUGAAACAGGUACUCCAUUUACAAGAUGUCAAAGAUGUUUCAUUCGGCUUUCAAACAGUAACUUCAGAUGUUUCCAAACUCAGCUCUUUCUUUGCACUGAAAAUGGUCAAGCGGCUCUUUGUAGACAAGUCUCUUAACCCUACCACAGACUUUGUCAACUCCACAAAAAGGCCUUUUCCAUCUGAACUGGAAUUAGUGGAGUUCAAAGAAAAAACUGAGGAAACUCGACAGAAGAUUAACAAAUCUCUUUCAGAGCUAACUGAUGGCAAAAUGGAGAAUAUUUUGAAUGAAGACAGCGUAAGUGACCAGACUCAGAUCCUCUUAGUUAAUGCGGCUUAUUUUGUCACAAACUGGAUGAAGAAGUUCCCAGAGGCAGAGAUCAAAGAAUGUCCUUUUAAAGUCAACAAGACUGAAACUAAACCAGUGCAAAUGAUGAAUCUGGAAGCUACUUUUUGCCUGGGCUAUGUAAAAGAAUUGAAUGUUGCCAUCCUUGAGCUUCCAUGCCUUAACAAACAUAUAAGCAUGCUCAUUCUGCUGCCCAAAGAGAUUGAAGAUGAGACCACUGGCUUGGAACAGCUGGAAAAGGCACUCACCCCUGAGACAUUAUUACAGUGGACCAAUCCCAGCAUGAUGGCCAACACCAAAGUGAAUGUAUUUCUUCCAAAGUUUAGCAUGGAAGGUGAUUAUGACCUGAAGCCACUCCUAGAAAGCUUGGGCAUGACAAAUGUCUUCAAUGAAAGCGCAUCAGAUUUCUCAGAAAUGUGUGAGACCAAAGGUGUGGUUUUGUCAAAGAUCAUCCAUAAAGUCUCUUUGGAAGUAAAUGAACAAGGUGGCGAGUCCCGAGAGGUGCCAGGGUAUCGGAUUCUGCAACACAAAGAUGAAUUUAAAGCUGACCAUCCAUUUAUCUUUUUGUUUAGGCACAACAAAACUCGCAACGUGAUUCUUUCAGGCCGUUUCUGUUCCCCUUAA